CCUGUGAGAGAAGGCUCCCCCCUUCUGCUUGCUCCAUCCCUUCAGCCAACCACCCCUCCUUGCAUGUUGCUGCCGCCAUGGCCUGGCCCUGCAUCACUCGGGUCUGCUGCCUGGCGCGCUUCUGGAACCAGCUGGACAAGUCGGAUCUGGCCGUGCCGCUUACCAUCCACAAUUACUCUGACAUCGAAGAGCCGGCAGAGGAGGGUGGGGGCGCCGCACAGCAGUCAAGGAUCCCAACAGGUGGCCGCCCCCAUGGCCAUCCCCGGGCGGCCUCUGCCCUGCCUGUGUCGGCGUCCGCCCCCUCGCUGCAGCAGGCUAGCCUGGCGGGCGUCAAGAGGCCGUCGAAAAAGGGGCGAGGCGGCGGUGGCGGCCGCCGGAAAGAGUCCUUCGCGGCAGAGACCCAGUACCAGCAGGAUUUCCGAGCGUGGCCGGUGCAAAAGCGGGACGCCCUGCCGUGGAUCGGGGAGUGCAAGAGGGGGAAACCCCUGGGGGCGCCCCCCGCUGCAGCCUCUUCCCACGCCACGAUCCACGGAGGUUCCCACGUGUACGUGUUGCCAACAACUGAGCAAGAGGCGGGCAGAAAGUACAGCGGAUUUAAGCAAAUGUGGUCCUCUGCCUCGCCGCCAGGCGUCCGCAAGACCACCUCCUACAGGCAAGAGUAUCGCCCAUGGACUGGAGCAAAACGAUCCCGGACCUCAAAGAAGAAACAAGGAUUCAUUAUCCCAGAGGAUCACUUUGUGAAAGAAACUAGCUACAAGGCAGACUUUAAGGUACCUGAAGUGAAGGCUAAGUUCUCUCCCAAUCCUUCUGCAGUUUUCCAGGCUUCAUCUCGCAUCCUUAAUGUAUGAAUCUGGAUCACACAUAUUUCCUGUUUAGGCAGCUUGAAUGUUAAAAUUGUAAAAAUGUACUGCUAUGCAAUUUUAAUGAGUGGGGUUGAGAUAAGAGGAAGUAUAAUUCAGAAUUGCUACAGUAAUUAUCAGGAUGUAUGCAUCUGUUAUGAACAUGUAAAUCAUAAAAGCACAUGAGUUGGAGACUGCAUAACAUACUGUGAAGAAUGACCUAUUUUCAUAGAAAUGGGCUCAUUACUGAUUAGGCUGGCAUCAUGCUUAAGGCACUGAAUUUGGAUAGCAACAGCAACAUGAGACAACGUGCAUCUGCCUAAAUACACAGGUGGCAGGUCAAGGUUUGUAGCAAAACAAAAUCCCCAUAGAUCAGUAAAAGGGACUCUGAAUGGCUUUUGAACUUUUUAUUUUAUAUCUGGGAGUCCAUCUCAGAAAUGAUCUCCUGUUGUUGCAGGAACUAUGGUGUCUCAGGGUUGGUAUUAUGACCCUUUACCGAUUUGUCCCAGAGCAUUGUUUGUUCUGAAGGGAUUUUUGAGGACAUUUGGAAAAAGUAGAAGCAAAGCUCUGCCUUUCUAAGACUUCUUGAUAUUAGAUGCUUUCUGGGUUCCCUCUUUUAUCCUGACUUAACUCAUUCCACAAUGUCCUUUGGUAGAGGAUGUAGCUCAUAUCAGAUUCUUUUUCUAUUGGAGAAACAUGUUAUCAGCAUCCCUAGCCUCCAUAGAACUCUGCAUCAUUACCUGUGAGGUU